AUGACUAGUACAUCGUCUGCGUCCUCUGAGCAGGAGAGUAUAACAUCUGACGCCGCCCUGCCGGAGAGUAUACCACCUGCGUCUUCCGAGCAGGAGAGUAUAACACCUGCCGCCGCCCUGCCGCAGAGUACACCAUCUGCGUCCUCUGACCAGGAGAGUAUAACAUCUGAAGCCGCCCUGCCGGAGAGUACACCACCUGUGUCCUCCGAGCAGGAGAGUAUAACACCUGACGCUGCCCUGCCGGAGAGUACACCAUCUGCGUCCUCCGAGCAGGACAGUAUAACAUCUGACGCCGCUCUGCUGGAGAGAUAUAGUUUAAACAUUUGA